UUGACAACCUUUAUAUUGACAUGUUGCAAACUUUAACUUUUAAAUGGCGCGAAUCAUUUUUGGCCAUUUCCGUUUGUCAAUGGGACGCAGGUUCAUCGCACGUGUUAAACUACUUUGCACAUAAUGGCCCACUGUUGCUAAAUCUCACUUAAAAAAAUGAAACUAGUUCUCAUGUGAACUUUGCGUGAAGAUCAAAGGCUCUAUAAACAAACCCUCUGCUAAAGCAAAGCGCACCGUUUACACCUUAAAUUUGCUUUUACAUUAGGCUACUUGUUGAUCGCCCACUUGCUGCUGGCAAGAGGUCCGUAGCAAAAUGGAUGAAAGGUGUGAGUUAGUUCUCAGCAUUCAGAGAGGGGAUUAAAAUAAUCUGAUUACAGCUCCCAGUAGGAUCGCGAGAAAGCGGCAGCGCGCACUUCAGCAUGUAACGCCAGGCCAAAUGCCUAUUGUUAAACAUUUUAGGAGAUGUUUCUCUGCGCGAAUAUGUAUCCCCUGUGGUUGGUGACCUGUUAGUGACCCCUCUUGGGAGGGUCAGGGGGGGCAUAUAGUCAUAACCAUGGGGACCGGCACACAGGUCCAGCUGCUUCUGUGGAAAAACUGGACCCUCCGGAAGAGACAAAAGAUCCGUUUCUUUGCCGAGAUCAUGUGGCCUGUGAUGUUGUUUAUAGGCCUAGUAUGGCUGAGGAGGGCGAACCCGCUCUACCGACAACAUGAAUGUCACUUCCCCAACAAAGCUAUGCCCUCCACAGGGAUCCUGCCUUGGAUCCAAGGCAUCUUCUGCAACGCCAACAAUCCCUGUUUUCAGUACCCCACACGCGGGGAGUCACCAGGACUGGUAUCCAACUACAACAACUCAUUACUGGCUCGGUUCUGGGCGGACACGCAGGAGCUCCUCCUGAACGACCCGGAGUUCCUGCAGCUGGGCCGGCUGUGGCGGGAGCUCACCGUGAUGGGCAACUUCAUGGACACCCUACGGACCAAUCCCCAGCUAAUCGAAGGUCGCGGUGUGAAGGUGGAGGACAUUCUGAAGGACGACGAGACGAUCACCUCCUACCUCCUCAGAGACGUGCCUCUCACCGACUCUGUGGUCAACCAGCUGAUCAACGCCCAGGUCCGACCUGAACAGUUUGCGUUCGGAGUGCCUGAUCUCCAGCUGAAGGACAUCGCCUGCAGUCAGACCCUGCUGGAGAGCUUCCUCAUCUUCCCCAGCCGCAGGGGCCUGUACGCCGUCCGCAACGCCAUGUGCGCCCUCACCCCACAGCGGCUGCAGAUCAUUGAGGACCGGUUCUACGCCAACGUGGACUUCUUCAAGCUAUUCCGUCUGCUCCCCCGCGUUCUGGAUAACUAUUCGCCUGGAAUGGACCUGCAUUUCUGGUCGGGAGUUCUAUCGGAUGCGUCAGAGAAAAUCCAAGAGUUGUUCGAGAGGCGCAGUGCCAGAGACCUGCUGGGGCUGCUGACUUCCCUGUUCCACUUGGAUGGCACGCCAUCCUUCAGUAAGAUAAUGUCGGCCGUCUCCAGCCUUGUGUGCGGCUACUCAGAGGGGGCGUUCUCCCGCGUCACCUCCUUCAACUGGUACGAGGACAACAACUACAAGGCCUUCCUGGGCAUCGACGGCUCCAGAGGCCAGCGGGAGUAUGACUACGACUCCUCCGCCACGCCCUUCUGCAAUGAUCUGAUGAGGGAGCUGGAGUCCAACCCCAUCACACACAUCGUGUGGAGCUCAGUCAAGCCCCUUCUCAUGGGCAACAUCCUCUACACCCCCGACUCACCCGCCACCCGCAAGAUCGUAAAGAAUGCCAACACCACGUUUGAGGAGCUGGAGAGGCUGAGGAACAUGGGUCUGGCGUGGGAGGAGGUGGGCCCUCAGGUGUGGACCUUCUUUCAGGACAGCAUCCAGAUGAACAUGAUCCGGGACUCCAUCAGGAACCCCACGGUCAUGGAUCACAUCAAGCGGAGCCUGGAGAAUGCGCCCUUCUCUGUGCAUGACGUCCUCAACUUCCUGUUCAACGGCCCGGAGGAGGAGCGUGCCCCUGACAUGCCCAACUUCGACUGGCGCAACGUCUUUAACUUCACUGACCGCGCCAUCCGUGCCAUGAACCGGCACGCUGAGUGCCUGGUGCUGGAUAAGUUCAAGGCCCUCUCCAGUGAGGAUGAGCUCACCCAUCACGCUCUGGACCUGCUGGAGGACAGCAAGCUCUGGGCCGGGCUGGUGUUUGAGGAGAUGUACCCGUGGACCACCGACGUCCCCCAGCACGUCAAGUUCAAGAUCCGCAUGGACAUAGAUGUAGUGGAACGCACCAAUAAGAUCAAGGACAGAUACUGGGAUCCAGGCCCAAGGGCAGACACCAUGGAGGACCUGCGUUACGUGUGGGGAGGGUUUGCCUACCUGCAGGACAUGGUUGAACACGCGGUCAUCAAGACGCACACAGGGAAGGAGUGGCCUCUGGGAGUGUAUCUGCAGCAGAUGCCCUACCCCUGCUAUGUGGAUGACCUCUUCAUGCUGACUCUGAACCGCUGCUUCCCCAUCUUCAUGGUGUUGGCCUGGGUCUACUCGGUGUCCAUGAUAGUGAAGAGCAUCGUCUUGGAGAAGGAGCUCCGGCUGAAGGAGUCCCUCAAGACCAUGGGCGUCACCAACGGUGUCAUCUGGUCCACCUGGUUCAUCGACAGCUUCCUCUUGAUGUCGGUCAGCACCGCCCUCCUGACCGCCAUCACUAUGGGUGGAAAUGUGUUGAACUACAGCAACCCGCUCAUCCUCUUCCUCUUCCUGCUGGCCUUCACCACGGCGACUAUCAUGCAGUGCUUCCUCAUGAGCGUCUUCUUCAACAAGGCCAACCUGGCGGCGGCCUGCAGCGGCAUCAUCUACUUCACCCUCUACCUGCCGCACAUCCUCUGCUUCGCCUGGCAGGACCGCAUCACCAAGGACAUCAAGAUCAUGUUUAGUCUGUUGUCUCAGGUGGCGUUUGGCUUCGGGACAGAGUACCUGUCUCGCUAUGAGGAGCAGGGUCUGGGGCUGCAGUGGGACAACAUCCAGACGAGCCCUCUGGAGGGUGACGAGUUCUCCUUCCGAACCUCCAUCAUCAUGCUGGGCGUGGACACCGUCCUCUAUGCCCUGCUGGCCUGGUACCUGGACAACGUCUUCCCAGGGCAAUAUGGCAUCAGUCGGCCAUUUUACUUCUUCGUCCAGCCCUCCUACUGGCUAGGCCUCGAGCCUCCCGCACCCAUUCUGGAGAAGGAGGAGGUGAAGCAGGAGAAGCCGGCGUUUGACAACCUGGUGAAGCCUUCCCCCGAAAAGCAGGUGCUAAAGCCGCCCUCUCCGGAGCCCAAGAUGGCCGAUCAGGAGAGACGGAGCUCCUGCCAGCACCAGGACAUUCGAGAGAAGCUGGAGAAGGAGCGAGAUGAGCAGCUGAUGAAGCAGGAGGAGGAAGAGGAGGAGGCCUACCAUCACCUGUCGGAGGAGCAAAGAGGGAAGUCGUACUUCGAGGACGAGCCCGCGGGGCUGGUGCCGGGCGUGUGUGUGCAGGACCUGGUGAAGCGGUUCAGUGGCAGCUCCAGGCCAGCGGUGGACGGCCUCAGUAUCACCUUCUACGAGGGGCAGAUCACCGCCUUCCUGGGCCACAACGGAGCCGGCAAGACCACCACCAUGUCCAUUCUCACCGGAAUGUUCCCUCCGACCUCAGGGACGGCCUUCAUCUACGGGAAUGACAUCCGCACAGACAUGGACGCCAUCCGCCAGUCCCUGGGCAUGUGUCCCCAGCACAACAUCCUCUUCAACAAUAUGACAGUGGCGGAGCACAUCCUCUUCUACUCGCUGUUGAAGGGCAGGCCUCUGCCAGAGGCUAUGGAGGAGGUGGAGAACAUGCUGGAGGACCUGGGCCUGCCCCACAAGAGAGACGAGGAGGCCCAGAACCUCUCCGGUGGCAUGCAGAGGAAGCUCUCUGUCGCCAUGGCGUUUGUUGGCGGGGCGAAGGUGGUGUUCCUGGACGAGCCCACGUCAGGAGUGGACCCCUACUCUCGACGCUCCAUCUGGGACCUGUUGCUCAAGUACCGCACAGGCCGUACGGUGAUCCUGUCCACACACCACAUGGACGAGGCAGACCUGCUGAGUGACCGCGUGGCCAUCAUCUCCCAGGGCCGUCUUCACUGCUGCGGCUCCCCCCUCUUCCUCAAGAAGCGCUUCGGUGCUGGCUUCUACCUCACACUGGUGCGCCGCAUGAAGGACGAGCCACCACGCAUCAGAAAUGAGGCGCAGUGCGACUGCACGGACGAGUGUUCGUGUAAGUGCUCGCUCUGCACCAAGUUUAAAGACGGAGUCCUAGCCGAGCCUGUGGUUCUUCGUAGACAGAUGGAAGGGGAUGUGGAGGCCAUCACGGCCGUGGUGCACCACCACGUCCCCGAGGCCCGGCUGAUCGAGGAGAUCGGGCAGGAGCUGAGCUACCUGCUGCCCAACCAUGGCUUCAAGCACCGCGCCUACGCCAGCCUGUUCCGCGAGCUGGAGGAGACCCUCUCAGACAUGGGCCUCAGCAGCUUCGGGGUGUCCGACACGUCCCUGGAGGAGAUAUUUUUGAAGGUCACAGCUGAUGGAGAGUGUGUUGACCCCAGCAAUGGAGCAAAAGUCCAGAGUAUGAGGCUGCUAAGAUCCUGUGCCAGCAUGUUGCCGAGCAACAGGGUGGCAGUGGAUGUUGAGACAGCAGCAGAAAAGGCUAGGAAUAAGGAGGUGCACGCCAACGGCCAGAGUGGGAGGAUGACCAACGGCGAGGGCCGGGGCUCCAGACAGGUGAAAGGAAUGAGUCUGAUCAUCAAGCAGUUCCUGGCCCUGCUCAUUAAGAGGUUCCACCAUGCCACCCGCUCCAGCAAAGACUUCCUCGCCCAGAUUGUCCUUCCUGCCAGCUUUGUGUUUGUGGCUCUGAUGCUCACCAUGAUUGUCCCUCCAUUUGGAGAGUACCCCAGUCUGACCCUCACGCCCUGGAUGUACGGCCGACAGUUUACUUUCUUCAGCAAUGAGAGGGCCCAGGAUGCUGGCAUGAGGUACUUUGCAGACGUGCUGCUGAACAAGCCUGGCUUUGGAACACGCUGCAUGGCCGAUGAGCCACUGGAGGACUUCCCCUGCAACAACAUCACCACUGAGUGGGAGAUGGCGAUGGUGAACCCGGCUCUGAUUGAGAUGCUGGAGGGCCCAGUAUGGACGGAGCUGCGGCCCUCGCCCGGCUGCCAGUGCAGCACGGCCUCCAAGCUCACCAUGCUGCCAGUCUGCCCCGAGGGAGCUGGAGGACUGCCCCCGCCACAGAGGAUUCAGUCGACAGGGGAUGUGUUGUUAGACCUGACCAGCAGAAACAUUUCUGAUUAUCUGGUGAAGACAUAUCCCACCCUGAUAAGGACCAGUUUGAAAAGCAAAUAUUGGGUGAAUGAACAAAGGUACGGAGGCAUUUCUGUGGGAGGUCAACUUCCAGUCCUGGAUGUCAAACCCAAAACCAUCCAGGACACAGCAGUCCAGCUGGGACGCUUGCUCAAUGUCACAGGGGGAAAGUAUUCCAAUCUUGCUAUGAAUGAGAUAGGAACAUUUCUUAGAUACAUGGAGACUGAAUACAAUGUAAAGGUGUGGUUCAACAACAAAGGCUGGCAUGCCAUGGUGGCCUUCAUGAAUGUGGCUAAUAAUGGCAUCCUGAGAGCCCACCUGCCUGGCAGUGCCAACCAGGCUGAGUAUGGCAUCACUGUCACCAACCACCCCCUGAACCUCACCAAGGAGCAGCUCUCAGAAAUUACAGUUCUCAGCACAUCUGUGGAUGCGGUGGUGGCCAUCUGCGUGAUCUUCGCCAUGUCCUUCGUGCCGGCCAGCUUCGUGCUCUACCUCAUCCAGGAGCGGGUGACGCAGGCCAAGCACCUGCAGUUCGUCAGCGGGGUCAGCCCCAUGGUCUACUGGAUUGCCAACUUCCUGUGGGACAUGGUGAACUACUCCGUGAGCGCAGGGCUGGUGGUCGUCAUCUUCAUGGCCUUUGAUAAGAAGUGCUACACCUCGCCUGACAACCUCAACGCCCUGAUCGCCCUGCUGUUGCUUUAUGGCUGGUCUGUGACUCCCAUGAUGUACCCGUUGUCGUACAUGUUCAGUGUACCCAGCACGGCUUACGUGUCCCUGUCAAGUAUCAACCUUUUCAUUGGCAUCAACAGCAGCGCCAUCACCUUCAUCCUGGAUCUGUUUGAUACCACAGCAGCUGUCUACAAGUGCAACCAGCUCUUGAAGAAAAUACUUCUCAUCUUCCCGCACUUCUGCCUGGGCCGCGGGCUCAUUGACAUGGCCAUGAACCAGGCGGUGACUGAGGUGUAUGCACGCUUCGGGGAGGCCUUCAGCCUGGACCCCUUCGGCUGGGACUUCCUGGGGAAGAACAUGGCCUUCAUGGCUGCCGAGGGCUUCAUCUACUUUGCCCUCAACAUCCUCAUCCAGUACCGCUUCUUCCUCACUUACUGGAUGCCCGACUGCUGCGCCGCCCCUCUGGCGGACGAGGAUGUGGACGUGGCGAAGGAGAGAGAGCGCCUCCAUGGGGGGGGCUGCAGCGGCGACAUCCUUCAGAUCAGAGACCUGACCAAGCGGUACACAGGACACAAGCAUCCGGCUGUGGACCGAAUCUGUGCGGGUGUGUCUCCAGGAGAGUGCUUUGGUCUUCUGGGUGUAAAUGGAGCUGGAAAAACAACCACCUUCAAAAUGCUGACUGGAGACAUUGACGUCACCUCAGGAGAAGCCGCUGUCACUGGGCAUAGCAUCCUCACCAACAUCCUGGAUGUGCAUCAGAACAUGGGCUACUGUCCUCAGUUUGAUGCCAUUGAUGAGCUGCUCACAGGCAGAGAGCACCUCCACCUCUAUGCACGCCUGAGAGGAGUCCCUGAGUCUGAGAUUAGCAGGGUGGCUGAGUGGGCCAUCCAGAAGCUGGGCUUGUCUGAGUACGCUGGCCGCAUCGCUGGCACCUACAGUGGGGGAAACAAACGCAAGCUCUCAACAGCCAUCGCCAUGAUCGGUUGCCCAGCCCUGGUGCUGCUGGACGAGCCCACCACAGGCAUGGACCCCCACUCCCGCCGCUUCCUCUGGAACUCCAUCAUGAGUGUCAUUCAGGACGGACGGGCUGUAGUGCUCACCUCACACAGCAUGGAGGAGUGUGAGGCCCUCUGCACUCGUCUGGCUAUCAUGGUCAACGGAACCUUCAAGUGUCUGGGCACCAUUCAGCACCUCAAAUACAAGUUUGGUGAUGGGUAUGUGGUCACCAUGAAGAUCCGGGCAGCCAAGGAGGGUGCCUUCCCGGACCUGAACCCGGCCGAGGCCUUCAUGGAGAGCACCUUCCCUGGCUGUAUCCAGCGGGAGAAGCACUACAACACGCUGCAGUACGAGAUCGCCACCUCCUCGCUGGCGCGCAUUUUCCAGCUGGUGCUCGCCAACAAGGAGAAGCUCAACAUAGAGGACUACUCCGUCUCCCAGACCACCCUGGACCAGGUGUUUGUGAACUUUGCCAAGCUGCAGUCCACAGAGGAGCACACGAUGGUGCUGCACCCCAGGGCUGCGGGGGCCAGGCGCGACGUCAAGGUCACGCCGGAGAAAGCGAGGAACUGAGAACCAGGAGGGGCCGGAGGAGCCGCAUGAACCCACGAUGACUGAGAGGCCAUCUGCUCCUACCGCUCCUGCUGCUACCACUGCUACUGCUGGUGCUGCCGCCGAUGCCUCAGGCAUUGACUUCUUGCCUGGAGUUCCUUAACAAGACAGUUACUCAAACACUGUCCCACUGCGAGACUUAGCCUGCUUUGCACUUCUUAUGCCAAGGAUCUCUCUCUCUGUACUGGCUUUCUGUUAGAGAUGCAAAUCAAAGUGAAAUGAAGGAGAACAAAACAGAAGCAAAUGAGUCGGACUCGGAUAGUUUUGCUGAUUAGCACUUUAUUGAAAUCAAUAAAACUAUUUUUUUACUAAUGCGUUUUUUGAUAAGAUAAUUCAAAUAGUGCAAUAGAUGGUUUUUUUUUUUUUUAGAGUGCUCCUGCCACAGAGAUGACAUUUUCUAAGCCUCCCUAAAACCGUUCUUGCUUAUGGUUUUUGUUCAAAAGGUAGAAAAGCUUUUAAUUGCACAAAAUUGCUUGAUCAGUGUGUAUUGUCCUCUGGGCUUAUCCAGUGGUCACACCCUGAGCUGAGAUCAAGAUUCCAUUUCAAGAUAUUGAUUGAUUCAAGUCUUUUUCAUGAAAACUGUACUUUUUUUUGUCUUGUGUGAAAAAUAAACACACGUAUACAACACAACCACAUUUGCCAUUUAAAACUGUCAAUCUCAAAUUGUGGUGAAGAAUCAGCCAUCACUAUUCCUGAUAUAAUGUGUUUCAAACAAUAUUUAAGGUCAAGAGUGGUAUGUAAUACCUGCCUAAGUUUUCAUGUAACCUGAGAUGGUUUGGUGAUUUUACUCGAGUGUGAGGUGUUUGGUUUCUGAGUUUUCUGAGUGAGUUUUUGAUAAAGGUGGGAGAAAAAAAUCGA